CUGGGAGUUCCCUGGACGUCAUAUCGACUGCUAAUAUAUAAAGUGGCGAUGGAGUUUGUUUUGGGGUUUGAAGGAAGCUCGUUUCCUGGCGAAAGGCGAGCAAUUCGAUGACAUUUGUUAUUGAGUCAACGGGCAACCAAAACACAGCCUGAGCAGUUUGGCAACCUUAGACCGCGUUCAUCGAAAGCUGUUGCCACGGUUUUUUUUUUAUUCGAACCGAGAAAUUAACUCCACAGGCUUACUGGAAAACACUGAGAUCCAUCUGGUGGAUUUAGAAUCGAAAUUUACUGAAUGUGGUUACUUUAUGUAAACAUAUCUGCUCGAUAGUGCAAGUUGACGGCAAAUCGACAAGUGGCGUUCCUUUGCAAAAAAAGUGCAGCUUGCAUGUUUGCAAUUUCAUAUAGUGGAGACUUCAGAUAUCCACUUUAGCCAUGCCUCUCGACCUGGGAAUGUAUGACAGCCGCGCGGAUUACAAAUCCGAAAAGCAGUGUCAAAGAACAUCAUUCGCGUUUUACCAAGCCGUCAGGGACUUGUUACCGGUAUGGGUGCUGGAGGAUAUGAGGACAAUGGAGGUGUUUCACUGGGAGGACGAUGGACGGGCGUGCGCUUACUCCCCGUGCGAGGCUCUAUUGUAUGCGCUGGUGCAUGACCAUCAGCAGUACGCGAGAUAUCUCCUCAAUCGCCACUCUGUCCGCGCGCUGGAGAUGCCCAGCAGAAGCUUCUGCUGCUGCCAAGCGUCCACUACUCCGCACCUAAACAUAGCCAUUCGCUACAACCGAGUCAAAAUCCUGAAAAUGAUCAUGGACUGUGUCAGGGACUUCGGCGAAGUGGAGAGACAGAGCUAUCUGAACAGACACGGCUGCGUCCACAUCGACGGAGGCAAGACCGCACUGCAGCUGGCCUGCGACCUGGUGCGUCCCGAGUGUUUGAUCCUGUUGCUAGGGCAUGGCGCAUGCCCUUAUGUGACGGACCGCUCUGGUGACACCGCUUUGGACUGCCUCCUGAAUCAGAUAUGCCAGAGUGACUUCGACAUGAGGCGGAAACACGUCUGCCUGGGCUACCUCAUCCUCUUCAUGCCAGAGAUGCGCUUCCGAAUGAAGAGCCAGCUGCAGGCGAACGCACUGCAGUGGCAGGCGCUCCUGGGCGAUCAGGCGUUCCACUGGCUGGCGGGAACGGCCCCUCCGUCCCUCUUCGUUCAAGCCAUGCAGAAGAUGAUGCGAUCCAUCCCACCAGCUCAGCUGGACUCGCUGCCAGAUUUCCUCAAGCCACUAGACUUCAGGCUGCACCAGCAGCAGAAUGUGGCAUAGACUCAUGUUUCCCUCCAAAACACUCCAAUACAGAGUGGACUGCUACUGUGUAAAUAGUGGACUGAGAUAUUGAUGCUGUAUAUAGCUGUUCUAAAAACCUACUGUGAAAAUAGUUCAUUGCACUACAUAUGAGGACACGCAUUGAAGUCAUGUACAGUGUAUAAAUUAAAUAGUGUAUUAAAUUAAAAUGAAGACAUUUUCUUUUAAAAAAGCCUUUCCCUUUGUCAUUU